GUAUUAUUAAUCUCAUGGAUAUUGGUGUAACGUUAAGUACACACGGGCAAAGGACAAAAGUAAAUCGAGUUAGCCGCAACAAGUAACGUUUUAUUAAGAGUGUGCGAUAUUAGUGCUAUCCAGUAUCAGCCAGAACGCUGAAUGCAGUUUUCGUGAUAUUUAAACGUUGGCACUGGAGGAAACGUGAAAAGAUAUAUAUAUAUUGAAGUCUUGCAACAUGACAAAUGAGGAUGAUAAGGUGAUCCCAGUGCGGGUUGCCUUGCGAUGUCGCCCGUUGGUACCUAAAGAAAUCAAUGAGGGAUGUCAGUGCUGUCUCACUUUUGUGCCUGGGGAGCCACAGGUGGUCGUUGGCACAGAGAAAGCAUUCACCUAUGAUUAUGUAUUCGAUCCCACUGCUGAACAAGAAGAAGUCUUCAAUACGGCUGUGUCCUCCUUAUUGUGUGGGCUUUUCAAAGGCUACCAUGCUACAGUUCUUGCAUACGGACAGACAGGAUCAGGAAAGACCUUCUCCAUGGGAGGAACAUACACAUCAGCUCAAGAAAAUGAUCCUUCAGUCGGAGUUAUUCCACGAGUUAUCAGACGGAUCUUUGAGGAAAAGGAGAAAAGGACAGACUGUGAUUUCUGUCUGACAGUAUCUUACCUGGAGAUCUAUAAUGAAGAUAUAUUGGACUUGCUGUGUGCAUCUAAAGAUAGACCUGCCAUCAGCAUUCGGGAAGACCCUAAAGACGGCAUUAAGAUUGUGGGUUUAACUGAGAGGCAGGUGUUCUCUGCCCAUGAGAUGGUGGGUUGUCUGGAGCUUGGAAAUUCUGCUCGCACUGUGGGUUCCACAGCGAUGAACGCCGCUUCUUCACGCUCACAUGCUAUCUUCACCAUUACACUGGAGCAGCGCAGAGGGACAGACAAAGUCGACUCAAUUGUUUCAAAAUUGCACCUUGUGGAUCUGGCUGGUUCAGAAAGGCAAAAGAAAACCAAAGCGGAGGGAGAUCGUUUAAAGGAAGGUAUCAGCAUCAAUCGCGGCCUUUUGUCUUUGGGUAAUGUGAUCAGUGCCUUGGGGGAUGAAAGCAAGAAAAAUGCCUUUGUUCCUUACAGAGACUCCAAGCUCACCCGCUUGCUACAAGAUUCUUUGGGAGGCAAUAGCCACACUUUGAUGAUUGCAUGUGUGAGUCCUGCAGACUCAAACAUGGAGGAGACCAUCAAUACGCUGCGAUAUGCUGACAGAGCUCGCAAAAUUAAAAACAAACCCAUAGUCAAUGUUGACCCCAGAGCUGCAGAAAUGAACCGUUUGAAACAACAGGUUCAGGAGCUGCAGGUGAUGCUACUUCAUGCCCGUGGAGGAGUAGCUCCGGUGCUCUCUGGGCCAGAGUCAACGGAAAAGGUGACUAAGCUGUUGGAAAGGAACCGCGCUCUGCAGGACGAGAACAGCAAGCUAAGCAGGGAGCUGAGUGAGGCAGCUGGACAGACUGCCUUCAUGUUUGAGAAGAUCAUUAUGACAGAACAAGCAAAUGAGAAACUACAGAGCAAACUGGAACAACUGCGGCACCAUGCAGCAUGUACAGUGGAUCUUGAGAAAGUGUUGGAGACACUGGAGGACCAGGAGUUGAAGGAGAACGUUGAGGUGAUGAGGAACCUGCAAGACGUCAUCUUGGAGCUCAAGAAUGAGAGUGCAGGCAUCGCCGCCUCCAUCGAUGCUAUGGCUGCAGGAGAGGAUGGGCCUGAGCUGUCUGGGAAUGGCAGUAAAAAUGCAGCACAUGAGUCCCCAUCAGAUGUCACUGCCAUUGUUGGUAAGGACUCCCCAGAGGCUUUUACAGCCCAUCAUGCACUGCGGCAGGCUCAGCUCUCCAAGGAAUUGAUUGAGCUGAACAAAGUGUUGACCUUGAAGGAAGCUUUCGUGAAGAAAAUGUGCCAGAAUGACACCCAGUUGGAGCCGAUGCAAUCAGAGCACCAGAAAAAUGUGCACACUCUACAGUCCGCAGUGGAUUCACUGCAGAAGGAGAAAGAGGAACUCGUUUUGGCACUUCAGUCUGCAAAGAAAGACACUAACCAGGCUAAGCUUAGUGAGCAACGGAGGAAGAGACUGCAGGAGCUUGAGGGCCAGCUCAACGACAUGAAGAAGAAGCUUCUUGAGCAGUCCAAACUGCUGAAACUCAAAGAGUCCUCUGUUCAGAAAGUUAGCAAACUCAAUCAAGAGAUACAGGCUAUGAAGACCCAGCGUACACAGCUGAUGAGGCAGAUGAGGGAGGACUCUGAGAAAUUCAGACACUGGAAGAGCAAGAAGGACAGGGAGGUGCUGCAGCUAAAGGAGAAGGAUCGUAAACGCCAGUAUGAGUUGCUUAAACUUGAGAGGGAUUUCCAGAAACAGGCCAAUGUUCUGCGUCGUAAAACUGAGGAGGCUGCAGCUGCAAACAAGCGGUUGAAAGAUGCCCUACAGAAGAGAAGUGAGGUAGCAGAGAAACGCAAAGAUGUCCAUAACAGAGGAAUGGAGGGAGCUGCUGCACGAGUUAAGACUUGGCUUCUCAAUGAAGUGGAGGUGAUGGUUAGCACAGAGGAGGCCCGGCGCCACCUCAAUGAUCUGCUGGAGGACAGAAAGGUCUUGGCUCAGGAGAUCAACCACCUCAAACAGCAGAUAGAGGCUGGGGAUCGACCCGCUGCCAAAAUCAGGCGUCGGACACUGAUCAUCUCUGAGCUGGAGAGCCAUGGGGCGCUGGAAACACCUCUGACCAAACAGGUGGAGAACCUGGAGACAGAGAUGGGCCUCAGGAAUGCCCAGAUAGCUGACCUUCAGCAGAAAGUUGUUGUUGCAGACAGCGAGGGGCGUUUGAAACAACGCAUAGAUAGCAUCACAAGCAUAGUCGAUGCCAAGUGUGCACUUAAGGUCCUGAUGUCUGAGCUGGUGUCUGCUAAAACAGCCAGUGCCAAGCUGGAGAGUGAAGUCAAUCAGGAGAAAGGGAAUGCACAAGAUUUAAGGAAGUUGCUGGCUGACGAGAGAAAUGUGAUGUCAACCAUGGACAUGGAGCACCAGCAGCAGCUGGUGGAACUAGAGCAGAGGCAUCAAGAGAAGGUCCUUUACCUCCUUAACCAGCUACAGAACAAACCCAUAUGUGAAGAGUCGGACGAAAAAGAUGAGAGUUCAAAGGAAAAGGAGCUUCUCCAGCGCCUCAAAGUUCAGGAAGAAGAGCUUGAAAAGCUACGAGAAUUAAGUGAGCAGAACCAGAAACUGGUGGAGCAGAAUGAGCAAUACAGACAGAAACUCUCAUUGGUCCACCUGGCAAGUGGAAAGAAAAUCCUUGUGCCUACGACCAACAAUGAAAAGAGCCCAGAUGACUCAUUUGAGUACGUUCCUCCAAAGCCUAAAGGGAAGCGCUUCACCACAGCUAAAGCACCGCUGAGUAUGGCCAUCAACAUUGAAGAGCUGAUGUCUUCCAGUGAGGAUGAGGAUGAAGAGGAUGAGUGGCGUCCUGAGAAACCUGAGAAGGGACGCAGUAUCUCAAAGAAACCAAAAGCAACAGGGUGUGCGUGUAAAGGUCGCUGCGUCAACAAGCAGUGCAGGUGCCGCAAAGGAAAGAUGACAUGUGGGGAGAACUGCCAGUGUGAUCAUGAGAAAUGUCGAAAUAUGGAUAACCAGGUAACUGCUGAGGAUGCCAGUCUGACAGAAAGUGUUUCCAGAGACUCGGCAUCUCUUCAAGAUCCCACAUCUGUCAGCCCUGACAACACCACAUUUUUCAAGCCGCCAUCUUGUACGCCCACUAAGAAGGUGCUAAAAGAAAUCGGAGACAUGGGACAUGCCACUGCAGACCUAAAGUUGGUCAAUAAACCUGUCUUGCUAGAGGAAGUGGAGGAGGACGAUGACAAGGAGGACAGAACAACAGUCAGCUUCCUCAAGAAGAAGAAAAGACUCCUGACGAGUUUUCAGAAUAGUUUUUUCUCUGGAUGCACUCCAAUCAGAGAGGAAUCUUAAUCAGGACGGUGCAUGGCAGGGCUUUUUGCAGCAGGUGUCCAUAUGUUUGGUUAAAUGUUUUGUCAAGGUGUAUUCAGUCUUUUUAAAUGUGACUAAACUGUUGUGUACUGUAGCUUGAAAGUAGCUGUUGAUUUUAAAACACUUUGUUUUCUGUAGAGGUUAACAAAAGGACUAUGAAUAGCAUUGAAUCGUUUACUGGAAUUCACAAUGAGAUGAUCAAGAAGCCUGUACAUAAUAUUUUAGUUUAACGUGUUACCUGAUAUUUCUAAUAAAGUAAGACUAAAUUCGCUUUGCUAAUAUGGAAAAUCAGUAGUCCACCAAUUUACAGUCGAGCAGUUUUACACGAGUACUAUUCAACACACCAUUAUAACACAACGUCUUGGGGAGCAACCUUUAGGUAUUUAACUGUGCUUUUAGUACCAGAGCUGAAUAAAGUCUUACAGUCAAAUGUGGUUUUUAAACAAACUGAAUGCGUACCAGUGUAUCUCAGCGUCACGAGUUGAUGGAAAAUAAUUUAUUUCAUUUAUUGGUCUGUUAUGAUUAAUGUUUUACUUUUGACUCACUUUCAUUGCUGUUUCUUAGUAGCAGUUAAUCUUUAGUGGAAAGGUUUUUUGACAUUGAAUUAAAAAAAUAAAAAUUAAAGUGAACUGUACUUUUGCCCCAUACUGAGUUACACUGUAAAUAGUAGCACACACAUUUCUUUCUCACAAAUCCCCCGAACACUCAGAAGAACAAAAUAAACAGCAAUUCAGCAACACAGAAUCACAUUAUGUCUUUGGUAUUUUUAUAUAAUGCCGUUUUCCUUGUUGUGCUGCUUAAAAAGAUAUGUUGUCUUUCCAUCCUGUGGUUUCUACAAGGCCUGCGAAGCCUUAAGUGUCAAGAAUUUGCAUUUAUUUAGAUCUUGAGUCCAAUCCAGUGCACUGCCUCUUAUUAGCUUUUGUGUUGAGGUUUUAUUGUCUCAUCAGUUGUUCAUAACAUUUUGGUGAGCAUAUGUUCCACAUUGUUUUUAGUAUCAGCUGAAUAAAAUAGUGCAAUUAAUAUACAA